AUGGAAAAAGAAGUAAAGGUAGAAACAUUACAAGCACCUUCCAUUGAACCUCGGGAAGUGUCCGCCGUCACAACGGAAGAACCUUGUUGGUAUACUCCAAUUCUAAAAUUCCUCACAAAGGGGGAAUUACCCCCUGCCCGAGGUGAAGCUCAAAAGAUACAAACUAAGGCGUUGCAAUAUGAAGUGAACAACGGCGUCCUAUACAGGAAGUCAUACUUGGGACCACUGUUGCGGUGUGUAUCCCCAGCGCAAGCAAAGUACCUAAUCCAAGAAAUACACGCAGGCAUAUGUGGUAUUCACGCCGGACCUCGCGCAGUUGUCGCCAAAAUUCACAACGCCGAGUACUAUUGGCCCAGGAUGCAUGAAGACGCGUGGGCAGUCGAUAUCGUGGGGCCAUUCCCGCUGGCCCCUGGGAAACUAAAGUACUUAAUAGUGGCAAUCGACUAUUUCACCAAGUGGGUUGAAGCCAAACCCGUGGCUAAAAUAAUUGAUGAAAACGCAAAGAAAAUCCUGUGGGAACACAUAGUGUGCCGAUUUGGACUGCCGCUAUACCUGGUGAGCGACAAUGGAACACAAUUCACAGACAGGGUCCUACAAGAUUGGUGUUCAGAGCUUCAGAUUCAACAAAUCUUUACAUCGGUAGCACAUCCCCAGGGAAACUGCCAAGUGGAGCGGGCAAAUAGGAGUUUGCUUGAUGGAAUAAAAAGAAGGUUGGGCUAUGAGGGAAGUUCUUGGGUAGAAGAGUUACCAAACGUCCUCUGGGCACAUCAAACAAUGCCUAAGACAAGUAACAACGAAACCCCCUUUACCCUAACCUAUGGCGCAGAGGCUAUGAUACCCGUGGAAGUUGGCUUACCAUCGCUAAGGCGCCUUACCACCAAUGAUGACAAUAAUAGGCUCCUAAGGGAAGGCCUGGACUUGCUGGAAGAACGACGCGAGGCAGCCACCAUCAGCGAAGCAAAGUACAAGAAAACUUUGGAAAAGUACUACAACCAGCGUGUGGCUCAGCAUACCUUUAAGGAAGGCGAGUACGUCAUGCGAGACAAUGAAGCCAGCAGAGCGGAGCCCUCAGGCAAACUGGGACCCAACUGGGAAGGUCCCUAUAUUAUCCAAGAAGACUUAGGCAAAGGGGCUUACCGCCUAACCAGACUUGAUGGCACCGCGGUUCCACGAAGCUGGAACGCGGCUCAAUUAAAAAAAUGUUACAUGUAA